UCUCUCCCUCUUUUACCACUAAAAAAAAUAGUGAAUUUUACAAAUGAAAGAAAUGAAAACUAUAUUUGUGUGAAAUUCAACCCGCAUUAGCUGACGUAUCAGAAAAAAAAAUGAAAUAAUUCGAUUGUAGUGUCAUCAGUUCAGAAUACAUCAGUUUGAGACCUAUUCAAUGGUAGCUGCACUGUAUGGCCUAAUUCUCACAUAUUUUAAAUUGAAACUUGUUUAGCAUUUGCUGAGCAUUCAGUUUUAGGAUAGCUACAGAUCAAUUAAUUCGUAGAGAUGGAGGACGGAAUGGAUGAAUCAUCCAGCGGUGAAUGGGAGUCCUCUACAGACUCCUCAUCGUCUUCCUCUUCUGAGGAUUCAUCACUGGGUGGCUCCGACAGUUCGUCCUCCUCAUCAGAAGAAUCAUCAGUUCCAUCAACAAAGCUAGAGGAUUGCAAGGUCAAUGGUGCUCUUUUGAAACUCCCUCAAGGGCUUUGCGAACAAGAGGAUGUUUUUCAGCAAUUGUUGUCAUACGAGACUUGGCAGAGUUUGUCAGCUGCCAACAAAGAACAUCUCAAGAAAUUUCUACCAAGUUUUCAAUCUAAUAAUGAUAGUGAACAAGAAACUACUCUUGAGCUACUUUUGAAUGGAGAAAAUAUAAGGUUUGGUAAUCCUCUCAAAGAUUUCCAUAGAAAUCUAAAAAACGGAUAUUUUAGGCCUGAUAUUGCACGAAUGAGGCGCUUGCUCAGGAAAGCCCUGAACAGGGAGUACAAUUACAGCCAAAAACGCUACUAUUUUCGCGUUAUGAAAUCAGUGCUGGUGUCCAGACAAAAACUUCUGCAGGCAGCAAAUGUCUUGCCUCCUGGUAUGAACCCGAAAGUACCUCGUCUACCAGCACCUCCAAGAACUCAACAGCUGUCUACAAGAGAUUUUCGUACAAGACGCAGGUAUUUCCAAGAACUUCGAGCUGUCAGGCAAGAAGUUGGUGAAUCCGGUCAUAGCUCAGAGGAUGAAAAUUAUCCAGAGGGACCACCUGCUCAAAUGAACAAAAAACUGAAACGUCGAUUAUCAGUUCUGGAAACAUCAAUAUGCCCUGAAAUGAGAAGAGUUGUUUCAACAUUGGCUGCUAAGCCUGCUGGUUUAGAUUUGGCUGCCAAUGUUACAGCUUCUAAUAACCCCUAUGAACUUUCAGAUGAAGCAUAUCGUAACAUGCUGAUUCGACACAAAAAAAGAAGAUUGGCCGGGGAUACCCAUCCUGAGCUCAGUUGCAUUGGUAGAAGUUUACAUGAUGUUGUUGAUAGGGCAAACCGAGUUAUGUCAAAGAAAGGACUACCUAUCAGCUUGAAAUUUGAAGCCCUUGGCAAACCCAUACCGAAACAAAUACAGAAAAGGAGAAAUAGCAAAAUGCAACCAGAAACUGUGCCAAGCUCCAGUCCUCUCACGAUGGCAGAUAGUUCAGACAUGGUGGAAUCAGAUGAUGAUGACAUUAUAUCUGUUACUCGUCUCUUGGAGAACAUAGAUAAAGCCCAGAGGGCUCAAUUGGAGAAAAAGGCACUUGAGAAGGAAAAAGAUAGUGAAAUCAAGGAUGUUGUCAGAGGGAGAGAAUGGGAAAAAGAUUGGGAAGAGAAAGAAAAAGAAAAGGAAAAAGAAAAAGUACUAAACAAAGAAAAAGAUAAAGAUGAGUGGGAUAGAUUUAUAGAAAAUGACCUAGAAAAGUUUCCUGCCGGUACAACACCUCGUUCAUCUGGCACAAAACCAAAAAAGAGCAACACUUCCCGCAUUGGUAAACCUAAUAAUUUAUCUGGACUGCCAACAAGUAGAAGAAUACUGAAAGGAGAGCUUGAAGAUGCUGUCGAUAGUCUUCUUAACAGUGGAUCAAAUGCAUCAAUGUCAUCUAGUGAUUCUAAACCGCCAAAGGUUCAAAAUCAGUAUCAACAGUCAUUGCCAAUUUCAUCACACAAACAGAAACUUCAGGAGCAGCUGAAAGAAGAAGAUGUUGGGGUGAAAAUAGUUCAAGCCACAUCUUUCCCUGCUACUCAAGAUGCAUCACUUCUCCCUGAUCUGUCCAAUAUAGACAUGAUGUCAUUGCCCAUUGACAUAGAGGAUCCUGAGCCUGAAGUAAAUGUUGAAGAUCUACCUGCUACUCCUUCAUUGAUGCAAGAAACUCAUUCGUGUUUCUUUGCGCUUUUGCGUGACUUGAUAUGCUCUGCCAAGGAGCAGUCCAUGAGCUUGAGCAACUUGCAGGCUGGAUUGCGAAGAUGGCAGGAAAGUCCCAUAUCACCUUUAAAUGACUGGUACCCUCAAGCUGCUAACUCAGGUGGCUGGGUAUCUUCUUUGACGUCAGCACUCACAUUUUUAUCUGGCCAGCUUCCUGAUAUGCACCCUGAUGAAUUUGUCCCGUACCUAGAAUACAAGCCAUCAAUUCGUAAAUACCAAUGGAUAGGAGCUGGAAGGGAUUCUGAUAACCUACUUAUGCCUCUUUGCACUUAUUGGUUAGAACGGUGUGAUGAAGCUGCUGAAAUGCAAUCAAAAGCAAAUAAGACUAACCAGAAGAAGGACUCUGUUGUAGAGACAGAAAAUAAUAUCUAUGUUGAUGAUGAGGAGAUGGGUGUCUAUUUACCUGUAGACCCUACAAAUGAUUACUCAGAUCGUCUGGAUAGUCCUCCACCAUCUUGCAAUCCAACUGAUUGGGUAGUAAGACAAACAACACUUGAAGAGAAACAACAGUUCCGAUCUCAGGAAUUAGAACGAUUUGCUAAUCCUCUCAGAGCAUUUACUUAUAAAAUGCAUGGAUAUGAAAGUGUUGUUGGACCUCUUCGAGGUGUUUACUCCACUGGAUCGUUGAACGUGAAGCCAAGAGGCCACUCACUUCUUGUUAGUGACAGGCCAAACUAUGUCACUAUUUUAGCUCUUGUACGAGAUGCUGUUGCAAGACUCCCUAAUGGGCAGGGAACUCGAAUGGACAUAUGUGAACUUUUAAAAGAUUCACAGUAUUUGAAACCGGGAGCAACUGAACAAACUGUUCAAUCUGUUGUCAGUGGUGCCCUGGAUAGAUUACAUUAUGAACCAGACCCAUGUGUUAAGUAUGAACCAAAACGCAAAAUUUGGGUAUGCCUUCAUCGUAAUAGAACCAUGGAAGAGUAUGAGCAAAUGCACCAACUGCAAGGUUUGGGAAAAUCAAAAUACCGAAAGUCAGGAGGCAGGGUAAAGAAAGAAAAAGACUUGAAGGCAGAGACAAAGGCUGCUGUUGCUGCAGUGACAUCAAGCAUUAACAGUACUCCAAGACAAGUUCCCCAAGUUGAGGCUGAAGUGACAAACAUGCCCACUGGUCUACACACAAUACAGGUGACUACUCGACCUGCUGCAUCACUUACAAGUGGCUCUCUAUGGAAUACUCCUAUGGAGCUACCCUUGAUGCCUAGUACUCCAUCCCCUGCCUCAUCAGGAACUAGUUCCGUGCCAAGUUUAAAUUCUACAUCUACAACACCCUCUCAAUCUGCUCGCACGAUUCUCUCAGCACGCCUUCCUACAAGUCCUGCUGUCGCACGUAAAUCAUUGAAAAAGCAGGCUGUGUCAAUUGAUAGUGUGGAGUCUGUUGUACCUGUAUCUGGUACAAAUGUUCGAUCAGUCUUAGGGUCUCCUUCUACUGAGGUAGCCAAAACAUCUCAACAGCAAAUAGUGAUGGGGGGCCGUCUUAUAACUUCCACUCCAGGCCGUAAGUCACUUGUCAUGACUAGCAGCGGAGGUGUGCCACAAAUGGUGCAGCUAGCAACGCAAAACAAGCAGACCAUAGCAGGGUCAGUUGCUGCAUCUCAGGCUACAUUGCUGUUGACUGGUUCUCCAACAACAGUUAGUUCAAAUAUUCAAACAGUAUGCAGUUCCACAAGUUCAUCUCCAGCUCAAUGGACAACAAUUGCAACAAGUCCUAGUACAGGACAAAGACAAACUACCCUUUUACCCCAGUCACAACAAAUGACUCCCAAGAAACCUACUGAAAUCAAACGACCUGCCUCCAAAUCAAAUGAUACUUCGGCUCAACCUCUGCAUCCUUUAACUGGAGGCAUAACUCAAACAAUCAGCCUUGAUCCUAACGCCCAAAGACAGUUAAAGCAGCAACAACUACUUAUGAUCAAACAAAGACAACAGCAACAGGCCCAACAGCAAGUACAACAGCAAGCUCAGCAACAAGCUGCUCAGCAACAAGCUGCUCAGCAACAAGCUGCUCAGCAACAAGCUGCUCAACAACAAGCUGUUCAACAACAAGCUGCUCAGCAUCAGGCUGCGCAACAGCAAGCUGCACAACAACAAGCUGCACAACAACUUCACCAGCAACAAAUUCAACAGCAUCAGCAACAGUUACAACAGCAGCAGCUGCAAUUACAGUUACAAGAACAACAACUUCAACUUCAACAGCAGCAGCAACAGCAACAACUUCAACAGCAGCAACAACAACAACUUCAACAGCAACAACAACUUCAACAGCAGCAGCAACAAAUUCAACAGCAGCAACAAAUUCAAUUGCAACAACAGUUUCAAGCCCAGCAACUGCAACAAGUACAACCACAACUGCAGGCGAUCCAACCUCAAGGCCAUGAACUGGAUCAACAUAUUCAAACUCUAGAAUUGGACCGGAAGCAACAGGAGCAAUUGCAACAACAAGUGCAACAGCUCCAGCAGCAGAAGCAGCAGCUGCAGAUUCAGCAGAAAGUUGCUCUAUCAACAUCUCAAAAACAGCUACAACAACAAACUUUGCAGCUAAUACAACAACAACUUAAAGAAAAGUCUGGUGCUCUUAGUCUUUCAAAUAUUCAGCUAGUAGACCAAAGUGGGACUGUAAUGGCAGUUCAAACAUCAGAAUCGCAAAAUACUGUUGGUCGACCUAGGCAAAAUUUGGUUCUUGUUAGACAAGCUGGUAAUGAUCAAGGUGCACAGCUGACUGCAAUGUUACAAAAACAACAGCAACUUCUAUUGUUAAAGCAAAAGCAACAAUCAGUAAAAGAUUUGUCUGAAGCCCAACAGCAGCAACUUCAGCUGAGACAGAAGCAGGUGCAAGAUAUGUUAAAGCAACAGUUAAAGGCACAACAAGCUGCAAAAGUGCAGACAGCAGGUGCUCAGACACAAAUUCAACAGCAACUUGUUGUUGUAUCUGGAUCAUCUCAACAGCAAGUCAAGCAACAACUAGCAGCACAGCAAAAACAGGCUCAAACUCAAUUGGUUGUUCUAAAACAGCCAAGAGGGCAAGCUGGACAGUUAGUCAACACAGUAGGAGGCAUAUUACCCCAGCAAAUGUUUGUUGUAAAGACAAAAGCUGGCGCUGGUCAAAAGCAAGUACUUACCCAACUCACAGCUGAGCAGCAGGCUGGGUUGUUGGCUUUGCAAAGGCAACAGCAGCAACAGCAGCAGCAGGUGCAACAGCAGCAACAGCAACAAAUUCAAAUUCAGCAACAACAGCAACAGCAUCAACCUCAGCAGCAGCAAACAAUUGUCCAGCAAUCACAAUUACAGCAGCAACCCCCUCCUCUUCAGUUACAACAUCAACCCGCAACUACUGGAAUUACUCAACUGCAAUUGUCUGAUCAGAGCCAACAGCAGAGACAGCAACUUCAACAAGUAUUGCAAUCUCAGGGCAAGAAUGUCCGUGGCACAAGUAUACUAGGCCAAGGUAUUCUUACCACUGCAGCACUGACAAGCUCAACUGUAACUACUGCCAGUGCUAAACAAGGCCCCCCUCCAAUGGUGGCAAAAGUUGUCACAAAUUCUCAAGGUCAGCAACUGAUCACCAUGGAAGCAUUCCAAGCACAGAAUAAGGGAACGUUAAGGGUUGCUCCCGCGGCUGGCAAAGCACAACCCAAUCAGCUCAUUCAGCUUGCAAGCUCAGGUGCAGGUGGAGUCCCUCAAUUUGCUGUUGUUUCUCAAGGGAAUAUUAUAUCAUUGGCUAGUUCCAUCAAUACUCAACGUAUCAUUCCCCAAGCUUUAACUCUUUCUGCAAGUGCUACAACAACAACAGCUGUAACUGCAAGUAAGGUAUCUACAGGUACUAUUAAUGCUACUGUAGCACAGCCCUCUGGUAAUUUGCGAAUGGUUGGAGGGGCAGGCUUAAAUAUUGCCCACAUAGGUGGUAAACCUGUGUUGUUGGCUAGCAAGCAACAAGGUUUGCAGGGACAGAAUGUUAUACUGACAUCACCGGGUGGUGGUCAGCAGACAGUUCUUUUGGCCUCUCAACCGCUCCGGCCGGCAAGUUCGGUUGCAGGGGCUGCAAAUCAACAAACAACCACUGCAACGACUUCCAAUGCUGUUGUAUUGCAACAAGCUGGAGGAACACAGCAAAUCUUACUUCCUGCUGGUUUUCAAGGCGGCACUAUUAAUCUUAAAGGUAUUCAAGGCAUCCAAGGAUUACAAGGACUCAAGGUCAUACCUGUUGCUCAGGCUGCCACACCUGAUGGUGCCAAAGGUCGGUCGCAAAUGUUUGCAAGAAUUAUAUCACCAUCAACUGUGAGGGCUACAGGUGUACAACAAUCAGCAAUUGCCGUUGCUGUAGCUGGAGCUGGUACCACGGGGACAACAACUGUGGCAGCGGGUACUGCUCCAGGAGUUGCGCCAAUUAGUUCAACUAAGGAACAAACAAAUAUGUAGACUCAAAAGGUUUUCUCAAUUUUUUUUGUUAAUGUUUUUUUACAUGUAUGUAACAUCUUUAUGUUUUCAAUUUUGUUUUUCUUUCUUUCAACAAAGAAAACCUAUUUUAUUUAUUUUGCGUGGACAUAUUAUGUGGUUGUGUAGCUUAUAAGGUCCCGUGAUCACUGUGUCUUGUCCCACAGUUUUAACCUUUAAGUAAUUGUCAGUUCCAUGUUAGUUAAAAGAACUGAUGGAUUUAGAAACCUACUGAUUUUGUACCUGGUAGAUUAGGAGAUGACUUGUAAAAAGUAAUUUAGUACAAUGUAAUUACUUGCAUGUUUCUUCCUGCCAAAAUUCUCUUUUUCUACUACUCUGUUUAAUCUACUCUUCUUUUUUUAAAAAAUAAUAUGUAAUUGUAUUUUAAAUUUCUCUGGAAAUUAAAACAAAUUGUUGGAUUAUGUAGAGUAGUGCUUAUUGUCUCGUUAAAAACUUAGUCUUAAUUUUCAUGAAUGACAUGUUCUAUACAGAGAGGUGCAGACCCAUUUGCACUCAAAUUUCAUUCAUCAGCUGUUUAAGAAAAAAGGUUGAAAGGUUUAGGUGUGGUAAACCGCAAAUGAAGCACAGUUUGUGUAUAGUUUAUUCAUUUGAAGUGAAGACAGAUAUUGUGUGUGUUAUUUGGAAGUUUUUAAAAAGAGGCUGGUUUGACUUCUUUAUCUGAAAACUCAAACACCCACAGCUUAUGCCAAAGACUAAGGGUUCUAGUGUUUUAAUUUUUCUUAGAGGGCCUAUUUAUUAUUGGGUCUGUAUCUUACCUAAGGGAAAGAGAAUCUUGGUGGACAAUUGCUUCCUUGAUUUUGAAGCAAUUGUUCAUCCUAAAAAAUACUUGUGAGUAUAUAUGUUAUAUUUGUCAUAUAUAAUAAGAUAUGUCUUUUUGUUGACAAAACUGUUUUUCAAAUAUAAGUCUGACUUCAGAUGUUAAGUGGUUGAAUGACUAUUCUUAUUUCUGUAUCAAUUUUAAAGUAAAUCCCAUUGCAAUUGCACAUAUUUUACCUGUGUAUUUUCACUCACUUACGACCUCACCUUUACAACGUUGUAAAUCUGAUAGUGUACAUUGUUAAGUGUAAAUCACAGAUAUACGACAAGAUUUUAUUGAGCCAGUGCCAUUUUCUUUGUGAACGUGUAUAGAAAGAAAAGUUGAGUAACUAUUCCAAAUAUAAAUAUUUUGACUUGUUGCAUA